CGCAGCGGCCGCGUCUCAAUCCGAGUUGCGCGUUUCCCCCGAGUCUAUGGGCGCAAACCCAGAGGAAGCAGCAGCGAGCAAAAGCAGGCGCGCAGACGGAGAAGCGAGGGAGGAACAAACCCACACGGUCACCUCGACUCGGGCCUGAGACAUGCUGUAAUUCCCGCGGAGAGAGAGGGAGAGAGAGAGAGAGAGAGAGAAAUAAAGGAAAGACGCGAUUUGCGGCGGCGGCUCCGGAGAUGUGCAGCAGGACUGAGAUUGCGCCGAGACUCCGCCGCGUCUGUCCGUCUUCCCUGCGCGCUUUUCUACACGGUGUCCCAUUCAGGAGGAGGUGCAGGAGCCACUAAAUUGUUCUGAAAGGGGAAAAGGAGAACAAACGGGGGAAGUGGCCAUGGCUGCAGCUGCCUCCUUCUUCUCCAACGGGCCCGGGCCGUGGACGCCGAGCGACACAGAGAUGAACACCGUCUACCGAGACCUGGAGCUCGGAACCGUGCUCACGCUGUUCUACUCGAAGAAAUCUCAGAGGCCCGAGAGGAGGACGUUUCAGGUGAAGCUGGAGACGAGGCAGAUCAUAUGGACUAGAGGCACGGACAAAAUCGAAGGAGAAAUUGAUAUUCGGGAGAUUAAGGAGAUCCGGACGGGACAGAAGUCUCGGGAUUUCGAGCGUUAUGUGGAGGACUCGGCCGUCAGACCUGACCAGGCACACUGCUUCGUCAUUCUCUAUGGCACCGAGUUCCGCCUCAAAUCCCUCAGUCUGGCAGCCACGUCAGACGAGGAGAUGUCCAUGUGGGUGAAGGGUCUGAACUGGCUGGUGGCCGACACCCUGCGCUCCCCCACUCCUCUGCAGAUAGAACGGUGGUUAAGGAAGCAGUUUUAUGCUGUCGAUCGCAACAAAGAAGACAAAAUUUCGUGUAAGGAUCUGAAAAACAUGCUGAGCCAAGUCAACUACCGAGUCCCUAACAUGAAGUUUCUACGAGAGAGGCUUCCGGAUGGCGAGUUGAGGAGCGGCGACGUCUCGUAUAGUCAGUUUGCGCAGCUGUAUCGUAGCUUAAUGUUUGACGCACAGAAAUCUAUGGAUAUUCCCUUUCUUCAAAGCUUUAUCGAGAGACCCGAGCAGAGGAUCACACUGGAGGAUUUCCAGCACUUUCUAAUCGAGUGUCAGAAGGAGCUCUGGGCUACAGACAAUAACAAGGUUCAGGAAUUUAUGUUUCAUUACCUGAAGGAUCCGCUGAGGGAGAUCGAGCAGCCUUACUUUUAUCAGGAUGAGUUCCUCACGUACCUGUUCUCCAAGGAGAACUCCAUCUGGGAUUCCACACUGGACCACGUGCAUCCUGAGGACAUGAACAACCCUCUGUCGCACUACUGGAUUUCUUCCUCACAUAACACCUACCUGACGGGAGACCAGUUUUCCAGCGAGUCAUCUCUGGAGGCGUACGCCCGCUGCCUGAGGAUGGGCUGCAGAUGCAUCGAGUUGGACUGCUGGGACGGUCCUGAUGGGAUGCCGGUCAUCUAUCAUGGCCACACGCUCACCACCAAGAUCAAGUUCUGUGACGUUCUCAUGACCAUCAAAGAGCACGCCUUCGUCACGUCCGAAUUUCCCAUAAUCCUCUCCAUCGAGGACCACUGCAGCAUCGUGCAGCAGAGGAACAUGGCGAUGUUCUUUAAGAAGGUCUUCGGGGAGAUGCUCCUGACGAAAGCAGUGGACAUCUCUGCAGACGGACUUCCGUCACCCAAUCAGCUCAAGAGGAAGAUUCUGAUCAAGCACAAGAAGUUGGCAGAAGGAAGCGCGUAUGAGGAGGUUUCCACGUCCACGCCGUACUCGGAAAACGACAUCAGCAACUCCAUCAGGAACGGCAUCUUGUUCCUGGAGGACCCCAUCAACCACGAGUGGUACCCGCACUUCUUCGUCCUGACGAGCAGUAAGAUCUACUACUCGGAGGAAACCAGCAGUAUCCAAGGCAACGAGGAUGAGGAGGAACACCGCGAGGUCGGGAAUGGCAUGGAUCAGCACGUCAGCGAGAAGUGGUUCCACGGGAAGCUGGGCGCGGGCCGGGAUGGCCGUCAGAUCGCCGAGCGCCUCCUCUCGGAGUACUGCCUGGAGACCGGCGCUCCGGACGGGUCGUUCCUGGUGCGGGAGAGCGAGACGUUUGUGGGAGACUACACUUUAUCUUUCUGGCGUUCAGGUCGGGUUCAGCACUGUAGGAUUCACUCUCGCCAGGAAGCCGGCAGUCCCAAAUUCUACCUGACGGACAACCUGGUGUUCGACACGCUCUUCGCCCUCAUCACACACUACCAGCAGGUGGCGCUGCGCUGCAACGAGUUCGAGAUGAAGCUGACGGAGCCCGUGCCUCAGACCAACGCCCACGAGAGCAAAGAGUGGUAUCACGCGUGUCUGACCCGGAGCCAGGCGGAGAACAUGCUGAUGAGGGUGCCGCGUGAUGGAGCCUUCCUCGUGAGGAAGAGGACGGAGUUAAAUUCCUACGCCAUCUCCUUCCGAGCCGAGGGGAAGAUUAAACACUGUCGGGUGCAGCAGGAGGGACAGACGGUUGUUCUCGGGACGUCAGAGUUUGACAGUUUGGUGGAUUUGAUCAGUUACUAUGAGAAACACCCGCUGUACCGCAAGAUGAAGCUGCGUUACCCCAUCAACGAGGAGACACUGGAGAAGAUCGGCACUGCUGAACCGGACUACGGUUCUCUGUAUGAGGGACGGAACCCGGGGUUCUAUGUGGAAGCCAAUCAAAUGCCUACAUUUAAGUGCACUGUGAGAGCGAUGUUCGAGUAUAAGGCUCAGCGUGAUGACGAGCUCUCCUUCAGUAAAAACGCCAUCAUUCAGAACGUAGACAAACAGGAAGGAGGCUGGUGGAAAGGUGACUUUGGGGGAAAGAAGCAGCUGUGGUUUCCUGCUAAUUAUGUCGAAGAGAUCAGUCAUACAGCACUGGAACCGGACAGAGGCGCGGCGGAGAACAGCCCACUGGGAGACCUCCUGAGAGGAAGUGUGGACGUGUCUUCCUGUCAGAUCGUGGUAAGGCCUGAUGGGAAAGGCAGUCGGCCCCACGUGUUCUCUUUAGUCCCCAUGGGUUCUCCACGCUCUGGCACCGUCCUGGACGUCGCUGCCAGCUCUCAGGAGGAGCUGAAGGACUGGGUGCAGAAAAUCCGUGAGGUCACCAUGACGUCAGAGGCCAAGCUGGAAGAAGGGAAGAUGAUGGAGAGGAGGAAGAAGAUCGCACUGGAGCUCUCGGACCUGGUGGUGUACUGCCGUCCCGUCCCGUUCGACGAAGACAAAAUCGGGACGGAGAGAGCGUGUUUCAGGGACAUGUCCUCGUUCCCAGAGACCAAAGCUGAGAAAUAUGUCAACCGGGUGAAAGGGAAGAAGUUCCUGCAGUACAAUCGUCUUCAGCUGUCGCGUAUUUACCCGCGCGGCCAGCGCCUGGACUCCUCCAACUACGACCCCUUACCCAUGUGGCUUUGCGGCAGCCAGCUGGUGGCGCUCAACUUUCAGACAGCAGAUAAGCCCAUGCAGAUGAACCAGGCUCUGUUUAUGCUGAACGGGAAGAGCGGUUACGUCCUGCAGCCGUCCAUCAUGAGAGACGAUAACUUCGACCCUUUCGACAGACACACGCUGAGGGGAGUGGAGCUCGUCACUCUGGUCAUAGAGGUGUUGGGUGCACGACACUUACCGAAGCACGGGCGGGGCAUCGUGUGUCCACUGAUCGAGAUCGAGGUUUGUGGAGCUGAAUACGACUGCAUCAAGCAGAAGACUGACUCUGAGGCGGAUAACGGUCUGAACCCCACGUGGCCCCGGAAGCCGUUCCGCUUCACGGUGUGUAACCCCACGUUCUCCUUCCUGCGCUUCGUGGUGUACGAGAUCGACAUGUUCAACGACCAGAACUUUCUGGCUCAGGCCACCUUCCCCAUCAGCUGCCUCAAAGCAGGCUACAGGGCCGUGCCGCUGAAGAACAGCUAUAACGAGGAUCUGGAGUUAGCAUCGCUGCUCGUCCAUGUGGAUGUCAGCAGAGGCAGACUUGAGAACGGAGAGACGUUGAGUCCGUUCCUCGGAGCGAUGGGUGUGAUGACGACAGGGAGGGAUCGUUUAGGGGACAGUGUGUCCUCCCUGUCCUCCAUGUCUCCUCUCCCCUCGUCCCCGGCUCAGGCUCUGGGGUACAGGGGACGCGAGGGAUCGUUCGAGUCUCGAUACCAGUCACCGCUGGACGACUUCCGAGUGUCGCAGGAAGCGCUACUGGACCACAUGGACCCACAGAACCGGUCCAGGUUGAUGCGAAGAGCCCGAGUAGGCGGAGACAAUCGUGUGUAGCCUCUCCACCCCCAACAACCACCACCCCCCCUCCAAACACACACACACACACACACACACACACACACACAUAUACAUACACACACACACGGCCACCCAGGGUCUGGCUCAAGUGCUGAUGAUGUCAUGGACUGCUGUGAAACCUGUUUCUAUGGAAACGUUGUCGCCAGCGCUUUUGGCCUACAUUUCAGGCAGAACUCCCACCUCUCUCUCUCUCUCUCUCUCUCUCUCUCUCUCUCUCUCUCUCUCUCUCUAUAUCUCUCUCUCUGGAGACUGUGUGAGAUGAAGACGGUGGGAGGGACGCACGGGGGUCAUGCGGCGUAACGAGACACCGUCUGAGUGGCGUGCGCAUGCGCGGGAUGUUCAGUAGCAUGAAGGACUGAAGAAACGUCAACACCUGGGACGGGAUUGUGUUUAAAACUACUUUCAUUUUUUCCCCAUCCCUUCAAUCUCUCUCUCUCUCUCUCUCUCUCUCUCUCUCUCUCUGGCAUAUAGAAAUAUAUAGGUCUAUAUAUAAAUAUAUUAUAUUUAUUCCGGCUCUGCUGUGUACCGGAGAACAGCUGCAGCUGAUCUGCUCUCAAAGAGCUUCUCUCCCCGUGUUUGUAUUAUUUAAAACGCAAAUUUUUAACUACCAUAAUGUGAUUCUUUUUCUUUUCUUCCCUUUUUUAAUUAAUGUGCGUGUUUAACACAAGGGCUUGGCUUUCCCCCCACCCACCCCUUUUUUUUCGUGGUCUCUUUCGUCCUCUCACAGACUGAAGCGUCCACGUUUCCCCCAGCACAUCAUCACCAUGUUUUUCUUUCUUUCUUUCCGAACCCCCCGCCCCCGCUCCCGCCCCCCCCCCAGAGUCGAGCGGAAAUCCAGGCAGCCGUAAAGCACAGAGCUCAGGAAGAAGCCCCGGCCUGUUUUUCUUGGAUUCUGGCAGGCUUCAGAAAAACGGGACCAGGCAGAGGCUUUUUAAUUAAUAUAUAUUUUUAUUGUUUCGUUGUUUUUUUUUUUUUUUUCUUCUUCUUCUUGAUUUAUCGACCUGUCAUCCUUCUUUUUGUUACGUUAUCAGUGUUGGAUCAUUUUUGCUCUUUUUAAAAACAAGAAAGAGGGACCAGAACGCUAAAAAGGAAACGCUGCCAUGUUGCACGUUAGCCUCGUUGCUCGCGUUUCGUGUUUAAACGUGUUUUGUGUUUUUGUUUUUUUUGGACGAAGAAAAAGUUCCAUCAUUUCAGCUCACUGUUUAUUAUUAUAAUUAUAAUUAUAAUUAUUUUAAAUAAUCAUUAUGUAUUUUUUAAAAAAUGUGUUUUAUUUCCAUUCGACUCGUCUGUCGCGUUCACGGGAGUCCGUUUCUACUUCUGAUGCGACAGCUCGCGUCUAAAAGCGAUCCCCGUCUGAUCCGAUUCGCCGUUACGUUUUAUACCAUAAACGCUCUUCAGACUGGUAAACUUUCCAAAAUGCUGCGUUUCUAGAUCUAUGCUGUUGAGCUUUCUGGCCCAGAAAUAAGCCCCGCCCCUUCCCACCCUCUUCCCCAAACCAACUAGUUGUCUAUUGAAUUGAGGGAACGUUAAAUUCGGAUCAUUUCAGGUGUGAUUCGACUCGCAGGUGCUAGAGGGCUGUAAAUAAUUACAAACUGCUCCUUUAAACCACGACCUGUUAAUGCGUUCACGUAACUAAUCCAUGACAUAACCGGCGCUAAAAUAUAAAUAUGGACUCUUUAAGAAUUCGUAUGGACACGUUUUUCCUUCGUUUCUGGACAGCAGUAGUUCAGCGGUUAAGGUUCUGGCCCGGACUGUGAACGAUCGCGUAGUGCAAAAUACGCUGAUUGCUGCUUUAAGCAUUUUUUUUAGUGAGCCAUGUGUUUUUAAAGCAAGGACCGAAUCGAGCGUACACUGUAGACCACCUGUGAGCUGUAAUUUAAUAACAUCAUUAAUUAACGCAACAACAGUGCUAGGAACGAUGGGAUACGUUUCGAUGUAACGCGGCACUAUGGACCAUUCCUUCUUAAUUAGAAAGAAGCAGGAAGGGGGCGGAGCUGUGAUCAUAUACGUUUGUUUUGGAGCGGUCAGGAAACAGGAAGUGCGUAAUAAUAAUAAUAAUAAUAAUGUAAAACUUCACAUUUGUUCCAGCCAUGUUUUAUGUUUGGAGUUCUGGAUUCCAUCUCUCCAAGCCCUCACACAAUCCCCAAUUCCAGACGAAACCGGAACCAGAAACGUGCGCUUCCUGCCCGAGCGCUCGAGUCGCCGUCGCCAUUUUGUUUUUGAUAAAACUCUGCGCUGUGUAAAUCUCUUCCUGCUUCUCUCUCUCUCUCUCCCUCGCUAGCUCUCUCUCGCUUUUCCCUUGCGUGUGCGUUGUGUGAGAGAGUGUGUACAUAUAUAUACAUAUUUAUACAUUAACGACAGACGGACAUGUAUGCUUCAUUUCAGACAUUUUGUUACGAUGCUCUUAUUUACAAAACGAAGCCUUUUUUUCUGUAAUGUGCCUAUGCUAUAUUGAGAAAGGGAAGGGAGGGGUAUUACAUUUUAAUUUUGCCUUUCAUAUGGAACAUAUUCAAGCCUGAUUAAAUAAUUAAAUAAAGUAUUCAACAAUGAC